AUGUCUCGAUUUACUCCCGAGGGAGAGCUGAACUUCAUCGGCUGCCUGGUGACGCUCAGUGCCAGUUCUCUCUUUGUGGGCUUGAGAUCAUAUGUCCAGCUUCGAUCAAAACAAUGCGUUUCUGGGGCAGAUCGGUUUUGUUUCUCGGCCCUGGUGAUUUUCACGGCUUAUUGCGCAUAUUUGCUUACCCAUAUUCUCGCCGUUCCAGUGAAAGGCGCUUUCGCAGUUACAUCCUCUACAAGUCAUGAAAAGGCUGAGAGUUUGAUGAAGGUCACAUUUGCCUGCUCGAUACUCUUCAUCAACGGCAUCACACUGGCGAAGCUUAGUAUUCUUGCAGGUUACAAGGCCACUUUUGCCAUCCAAAGACAGUACCGCCAUAUCAUUAUGGGCUUGGCUGCUCUCUGCAUAGCUUGGUGGGGGUGUUUUAUUCUUGUCACCAUCUUUCAGUGCAAUCCCGUCCAAGCAAUGUGGGACAUAAGUGACGAUCGGAAACGCUGCUUGCCUGUGUGGAAGCCUUUGCUAGCAGCUGAAAUAUCCAACCUAAUUAUUGAUAUCCUGAUUCUAAUCACUCCUAUCCUCGCUACCUGGAGACUGAACAUGCCAGCUCACAAGAAGUGGGCGGUGGCUGGGAUCUUUCUCGUGGGAGCACUGGUUUGUGUAAGCAGUAUACUUCGCCUUGUGUCUAUUGCGCGUUUUGGAAAUGAAUUCGAUGACACAUCUAAGGUUAUGUUCUACUUGACGAUUCAAUUUGGGUUGGCUAUCAUAUGUGGCUGUCUUCUUCCGCUGAAUGGCUUAUUCGUCCGUCGGAACAAGGGCGCGUCAAAAUCACGAACCAGCGUCUAUGAUGCGACGUUUCGUGAGGACCAUGUCAGCAUACCCGCUUACAAGCUGGCAGGCCAGCUGAAGAAAACAAAACGAGGGGGAAGCCGCGUGCUGAGUCUUGCGAGGUCAUGGGCUGGCCAUGAUGUACGCCAGGGCGAAGAAUCGAUAACGCCUCCGCCUGCUGCUCGAAUUAAUCGUUAA